AUGCCCCUCGCGAUCAGAGCCGCGGCGUCCGUCGGCGCGCGCGCCGCGAUCGCGUCCCGCCGGCCGCGAACAGCCGUGCCGGUAUUGUCGGCGGUGCGCGCGCCUUGGCGGACGAGCCGAUGCGCGCAAACCGCCGCCGCUCCGUCGCGAUCUUCCGUCGCGGUGCGCGCGCGCCGCGUGUGUGCGCGUUCGACGAGGAGGGUGCGGACGCGCGCGAUCGCCGCGUCGGACCCCGAGGAGCCCCGCAUCGCUGCGCGGGACCUCCCAUUCGACGCGAGCGCACCGGCAGAUGGACGAGAUGCGACUUCGACGGCGGAGGAUAAGGCGAGGUUCGAGGCGGGCGAGCGCGCCAGGCUCUCCCUCGGCGAGUCCCUCGACCUCAUCCCGGCGGUGUGGAGAGUCGUGCGGCGUCGAUGGCCCAGGGUGAUGAUCGCCGCGUUAUCCAUGGCCUUCGCCACCGGCCUCCUCCUCUCCGCCCCGGUGCUCUCGUCCAGGCUCAUCGAGGUGCUCAUCGGCCAGCGACCCGACGCGCAGUUCCCGAAGCUCCUCGCGUCCAUAACCUUCAUAUACGUCAUGGAACCCGUGCUGACGUUCUUCUACGUCAGGAACGUGUGCGCGGUGGGCGAGGAGGUGGUGGCGAGGCUGAGGGAGGACCUGUUCAGGGCGCUGUUGGUGCAGAGGAUCGAGUUCUUUGACCGGAAUCAAACGGCGAAGCUCGCGGCGACCCUCUCCGUGGAACUCGGAACCGUUCGCACCCUCGUCGCCGCCAACGUAUCGCGCGAUCGCGGGUUCAGGGCGAUCGGCGAGUGCCUCGGGACCUUGGCGGUGCUGUGGCGCAUCGCGCCGAAGCUGGCGCCCGUGCUCGGCUUCAGCGUCGUGUCACUCGCCGCCGUCACCGCCGUCUUCAAUCGCAAAAACGGGAAACUCUUCGCCGCCGACGCCGCGGCGCAGGGAGCGGUGUCCGCGGCGGCGUCCGCGACGCUGGGCGCCGUGCGCACGGUCCGUUCCUUCGGCGGCGAAGCCCUCGCGUUUUUAAGGUUCGGGGAGGACGUGGCCAAGGCCAGGGCGUCGGGAGCUGACGUGUCCAACGCGAGAGCCGGGCUCGAGGUUGCCAACCGCGGAUGCGUGUACGCUUCGUUGAUCACCCUCUACGCUUUCGGAGGAUGGCUCGUGAAGACGGGCGCGGUGCCCGUGGGGUCCUUAAUCGCCGCGGUGGGGUACACGUUCGGGCUCAUCUUCGCGACGCAGGGCGUGGUCAACACCCUCGCCGACGCAAACGCCGCGAAUUCCGCGCUGAAACGUGCCACGUCGCUCGUGACUGAAUCGGUCCCGGAUCCGUCGCUGGUGACACGGAUCGAGCGCGUGGACGUGACGAUGGACGAGGACGAGGGUGGUGAGGAUGGGGGUGCCGUCGAGGGUGUCGUCGGGUGGGCGCAAUCGCGCGCGAACCGCGCGAGGAACGCGGCGAGAUCCGGUGACGUGACGCUGGAAGACGUGUACUUUGCCUACCCGGGGCGGACGGACUCGGACGUCCUGAGGGGCGUGAACCUCACGCUGCGUCGCGGGAAGACCACCGCGCUCGUGGGCAGCAGCGGCGCGGGGAAGAGCACGGUGACGCAGCUCCUAUGCCGGUUUUACGAACCGGACGCCGGGACCGUCGCCGUCGGCGGGGUGAACCUCGCGGAGGGGUUCGACAGCGUCGACUGGCUCGACGCCAUCGCCCUCGUGGGCCAGGAGCCAAAGCUGUUCGCGGGGACGGUGCGCGAGAACAUCGCGUACGGCAGGGCAGGCGCGGUCGGCCGCUCCGACGAGAUCGUCGCCGCGGCCAAGGCUGCCAACGCGCACGAUUUCAUCGUCGAGUUACCCGAAGGGUACGAUACGCCCGUGGGCGAAGGCGGCGGCGCGCUGUCCGGCGGGCAGCGUCAGCGCGUGGCCAUCGCCAGGGCCAUCCUCAAGGACGCGCCGAUCCUGAUCCUCGACGAGGCGACGAGCGCGCUGGACGCGAGGUCGGAGGCGGCGGUGCAGUCCGCGCUGGAGCGACUGAUGCGGGGCAGGACGACGCUGGUCAUCGCGCAUCGGCUGGCGACGGUGCAAGCCGCGGACGCCAUCGCGGUGAUGGAGAAGGGGAAGGUGGUAGAGUUUGGGUCGCACGCGGAGCUGUCGGUGCGCGAGGGGGGGGUGUACAGCGCGCUGGUCAACUCGCAGAGGCUGUCGUUCGCGGAUGCGUGA